AUGGAGAGCGCCGAGUAUUCACUGGACGUCGAUACCGGUGACACCAUCACACGGUGCAAGAUGGCAAAGCAGCUGGUAGACCGCUUCGGGAAGCCGUUUGGCCCGAAAGCCACGAAGUGGCGAAAUGUGGGGACUUACGAAUUGGCUGCUGGGUCCGUUUCGGAUUCUUCGAUGGCCAGCGGACUCAGAAAAGUCCUUGACGAUGCAGUGAAGGUUCAUUAA